AUGUCGAUGAUAAAAGUGUUACAAUUCGUGAACGGGCUCAAGUCCCGCAACAAGGAUGUGCAGAACAAGGCUAUCCAGGAGCUGUCGCUGUACGUGAAAACGGAGCUUCGUGAAACACCCGACGACAUGUUCUUCGAGGAUUUCAAUCAUUACAUAUUCGAAAUGCUCACCAGCUCGGAUAACAAUGAGAAGAAAGGAGGAAUUUUAGCUAUCGAUUGUCUCAUCAAUGGUGAUGUUGUGAAUACGACGAACAAGAUUUCUCGUUAUUCGAAUAAUCUGCGCAACCUGCUACCCGUCAGCGAUGUAUGCGUUAUGGAGCUGGCGGCAAAGGUCCUUGUGAAGCUAGCGUUGCUACCCGGUUCCAACGGGGCCAGUUCAUUUGAGUUUGAUAUCAAGCGGGCAUUCGAGUGGCUUUCGGAAGAUCGAGCGGAAAACAAGCGACAGGCGGCUGUAUUGGUACUGCGCGAGUUAGCGGUUGCCAUGCCAACCUUUUUCUACCAGCAAGUGGGAAGCUUCUUCGAUCACAUUUUUGUUGCCAUCAAGGACCCGAAGGCGGUCAUUCGCGAAGGUGCCGGCCAGGCGUUGCGGGCAGUGUUGAUUCUAACCUCCCAGCGGGAGGGUACCAAGCAGAGUAACAACACCCAGUGGCAUAUGAACUGUUACGAUCAGGCCUUUGAGUGUUUGCGCGAGGUUCCGGUGCGCGAGAAAAACCUCAACCGGGACGACCGCAUCCACGGGUCUCUUAUCGUGUUCAACGAAAUCCUGCGCUGUACGCAUGCUGCGUGGGAAAAGAAAUACAUGCAGCUGGAUAGCCUAAAUGUAAACCAGAGGCGAUCGAUAAGACCACAGGCGCAAGGUGAAGGAUUCUUUCCUCGUAUUCGUGUGCCUUUUAUGCAAAAACUUGGAGGACAUUCAUCCGGUAGACACUCGGGUACGGUCAGCUACAGUUCGCGCUACUACGAUGUGGUGACCGAUAUGAAAUUCUUCCGGCAAAACAACAGCGUUCAAGAGAGUGCGCUUUAUCGUGCGCUCGUAAAGGAAAAGUAUGACACCAUAUGCCAGACGGUACUCGACCAGCGAAGCUCGAAAUCACCCUACGUUAUUCAAACCUUGCUAGCUAUCUUUCCCCGUUUGGCCGCGUUCAAUCGAGAGGAAUUCGUCCGUUUGCAUUUGCGUACCGUUGUUAGCUAUCUGCUGACGCUGCUGCGAAGCAAGGAAAAGGAACGCAAUGCAGCCUUCAUUGCUCUGGGCUACAUUGCGGUGGCAGUAGAAAAGGACAUUGAGCCCUACACCAAAAGUAUCAUGGAGCUGAUUGGGAGUGCACUACCACCGAAAGACACGCAGAGCAAGAGAAAAGCUCCGGUAGACCAUUCCGUGUUUAUGUGCGUAAUGCUUCUGGGGCAUGCGCUUAGGAGCAGCAUUAAACAUGAGAUUAAAGAAAUCAUAGCCCCAAUGCUUUCGACUGGGCUGAGCCCGGGAUUAAUUAUAUGCCUGCGUGAACUGUGCGAAACCGUACCGGAAACGCAGCCGGAAAUAACGUCUGGGCUCCUCAAGAUCCUGUACUAUGUAUUGAUGAAUCGUCCGUUGCCGCAAUUUGUUUUACCCAAGUCACACUCGCUCGUUUCCCCCGCCGGAUACAUGGGUAAUUUCGAGCAGCAGCAACUGCAGUCGACACAGCCGGGUCAAGCACAAGUCCACGAUACGGCCACCAUCGUUCUUGCACUGCAAACACUGGGGACGUUCAAUUUCGAAGGCUGCAGUCUGUUGCAGUUCGUGCAGCGCUGCGCAGAUCAUUUUUUGAACAGUGAUCAGCAGGAGAUUCGCAUCGAAGCAGUCCAUACGUGCACGCUUUUAUUGAAACUGGCGCUCCUAGCGAAUGGAAAUAAUGGAAACGACGUUUCAGAAACGCUCACACGUACACUCAGUUCGGUGUUGGAAAAAAUCCUCGUUGUUGGGAUGUCGGACGACGAUCCGGCCGUGCGUUUGCGGGUGAUGAAAUGCCUCGACGAAAGUUUUGACACGCAGCUCGCUCAACCGUGGUUCCUCAAUGCGAUGAUGAAUACGCUGUAUGACGAGUCGUUCGAGAUGCGCGAGCUGGCGAUCAUCAUCGUCGGGAGACUGUCGGUGAUCAAUCCGGCCUACGUUAUGCCCACGCUACGGAAAACCAUGGUGCAGCUUCUAACGGAGAUGAACCACUCGGGCAUCAGCCGAAACAAAGAGCAGAGUGCGAGGAUGUUGGAUCACCUUAUCGUUAGCACACCGCGAUUGGUAGCUUCGUACAUGAGUCCAAUACUGAAUUCUCUUGUACCGAAGUUAAAAGAACCCGAUCAAAACCCGGGUGUGGUUUUGAACAUCCUGCGUGCGAUAGGCGACCUGGCCGAGGUGAUCGGAGGGUAUCAUAUUUUGCAAAAGUGGACCGACGAGUUGAUGCAGCUCCUGCUGGACAUGCUCGGUGAUGCCGGUUCGACCGAGAAGCGGGCGGUAGCGCUGUGGACGUUCGGACAGCUGGUCAGCGCGACGGGUCAAGUGGUGGUGCCGUACAACAAGUACCCGAAUCUAAUCGACAUCCUAAUCAACUUCUUGAAAACCGAGCAGCAACUAUACGUACGCCGGGAGACGAUCCGUGUGCUAGGCUUACUCGGGGCACUCGAUCCGUACAAGCACAAAAUGAACCGCGGACUUAUCGACAGUCAAACGAGCAAUAUUCUCAUCUCCGUGCCGGAUACGAAAAACGAGAAUGACAACACGGAUCUCUCUACCUCGCAAAUGUUGAUCAACAUGAGCACCCAGUUGGACGAGUACUAUCCGGCGGUGGUGAUCUCGACGCUAAUGAAAAUCUUACGUGACCCAACACUCUCCAAUCAUCACCUGAGCGUGGUGCAAGCGAUCACAUUCACCUUCACCAGUCUGGGAAUCAAGGGAGUACCCUACUUAUCGCAGGUUUUGCCUUGCCUUUUGAAAAAUAUCGUCACGGCCGAGAUGAGCCUCAAAGAGUACCUUUUCCAGCAGCUUUCGACAUUAAUUUCCAUCGUAAAGCAGCACAUAAUAGGCUUCAUGGAUGAUAUUUUUGAACUCAUCAAGACCUUCUGGACGAUGGGAGGAAACGGUGGUCAGACAAAUUCGACUGCCGCUGCAUCACUGCAGCCCACGAUCAUUAAUCUUGUGGAAAAGAUCGCGAUAGCCCUUGGGUGCGAAUUUAAGGUGUACCUUCCUCAGCUAAUGCCACAAAUCCUCCGCGUGCUGCUUCACGAUACCUCCAAGGAUCGCAUGGUCACAGUCAAGUUGCUCGGGGCGUUGCGGAACUUUGGCAACAACCUGGAUGACUUCUUGCAUCUGAUCAUUCCAGCGAUAGUGAAACUGUUCGAACCGAUCGACAUCCCGCUGAAUGUGGCCAUCACGGCACUACAAACGAUCAACUAUCUGGCUGAGGUGCUCGACUUCACCGACUUUUCGUCGCGCAUCCUGCAUCCGUUGGUACGCGUUCUGGACAACUAUCCCGAACUGCGCCCGGUCGCUCUUACAACGCUCUGCUCGAUCAUGAUCCAGCUCGGACGCAAAUUUCUGGUCUUUGUGCCGCUCGUUAACCGAGUGAUGCUCAAGCACAAGAUUGCCUCGGUGGAGUACACGAAGCUGCUAACGAAGCUGCAGAAUAACAGCACGCUAGCGCUGGACGACGAGUUCCGCAUACGGCAGGCGCGCAAUAGAAACCGCGAGAUUUCCUUGCCGUGCGAUAGUACUAUCAAAAAGUUCCCCGUUUCCAUGUCCGACCUGGAAACGAUGUUCAAGGCCAAUCGGCGCGUCUCCAAGGACGACUGGUUGGAGUGGUUGCGCCGUUUGAGCAUCAUCCUGCUGAAGGAAUCGAAAAACCCCGCCCUACGUUCGUGUGCUACACUUGCACAAAACUACCCGCAGCUGCUGAAGGACCUGUUCAACGCUGCAUUCGUGUCCUGCUGGUCGGACCUCUCGGAUAAGCUCAAGCAAGACCUGGCGCACAGCUUGACCCAGGCGCUGACGGUACAGGACCUGCCGGAGAUAACGCAGACCGUGCUGAAUCUGGCCGAAUUUAUGGAGCACUGUGAAAGCUACCCGCUCAAGAUCGACUCGAAGAUUCUGGGCGAGCGGGCGAUGGAGUGUCGGGCGUAUGCGAAAGCGCUGCACUACAAGGAAGAAGAGUUCCACCAGACGAAGGAGCACCACCAAUCGCUGUUCGAGUCGCUGAUCCUGAUCAACAACAAGCUGCAGCAGAAGGAGGCCGCCGAGGGACUGCUGGAGUACGCCGGACGACACCGGUCGAGCUCGGAGGAGAUGAAGGUGCAGGUCCGGUGGUACGAGAAGUUGCAUAGCUGGGAGCAGGCGCGAGCACUGUAUGCGGAAAAGUUGAAGGCGAAUCCUACCGACCUGGAGUCUCGGCUGGGCAAAAUGCGUUGCCUCGAGGCACUGGGCGAGUGGUCCGCCCUGAACGACGUCACGACAGAAAACUGGGACGCGCUGGGGGUGGAAGGGCAGAGUAAGGCAGGUCGGCUGGCCGCGGCGGCCGCAUGGGGUCUUCAGGAUUGGGAAGGAAUGCAUCGUUUCGUGCAGUGCAUCCCCGAGGACACCCAGGAUGGGGCGUUCUAUCGUGCGGUGCUGGCCGUGCACAAUCGACAGUACGACUUGGCACAGUGUUUGAUCGAUUCGACGCGCGACCUCCUCGACACGGAGCUCACGGCAAUGGCAGGCGAGUCGUACGAACGAGCCUACGGUGCGAUGGUGUGCGUGCAGAUGCUGGCCGAGCUGGAGGAGGUGAUCCAGUACAAGCUCAUCCCGGAGCGGCGGGAAACGAUUAAAUCGAUGUGGUGGGACCGGCUGCUCGGAGGCCAACGGCUCGUUGAAGAUUGGCAGCGCAUCAUUCAGGUACACUCGCUGGUCCUCUCGCCCAAGGAGGACAUCCGCACGUGGCUAAAGUUUGCUUCACUGUGUCGCAAAAACGGCUCGCUAAAGUUGUCCGAGAAGACACUCGUCAUGCUGCUCGAAUACGAUCCGAUGCAGAAGCUCAACCAAGCGCUGCCCAUUGACAAACCGCACGUCACGUUCGCGUACACCAAGCACCUGCACAUGGCAGGGUACGUGAAGGAAGCGUACGAUCAUCUCAACCGGUUCGUAUCAUCAUUCGUGCCACACACGGGAUUCGCGGCCGCUAGCCCAGGUGCUCCGGAGGAGCUGAAGGACGAAAAUCGAAGACUGUUGGCGCGCUGCUACCUCAAGCUGGGUCUCUGGCAGAGUAGCGCCGAGGGUGGAAUGAAGGAUUCGCAGACGAUUAACAGCGUGCUGUCGUGCUAUGGACGUGCGACCAAGCACGACCCGAACUGGUACAAGGCGUGGCACAACUGGGCGUACAUGAACUUCGAAGUGGUGCAGACGAAAAAACAACAGGACGAGUUCACCAAAAACCCGGGCAGUGCGGCAGAGCGGACCAUGAUCAAACACUACGCCGUCCCGGCAGUGCGCGGCUUCUUCCAGUCGAUCAACCUGUCGCAGGGCAACUCGCUGCAGGACACGCUCCGGCUGUUGACGCUUUGGUUUGACCAUGCGCAGUACGAGGAAGUGUACGAAGCGCUCGUCGAGGGAAUGCGGGUGAUCGAUAAGAAUACCUGGUUGCAGGUGAUCCCGCAGCUGAUUGCCCGCAUCGACACACCACGCAACCUUGUCGGUCAACUAAUCCACUACCUGCUAACCGAGAUUGGCAAAACGCACCCGCAGGCUCUGGUUUACCCGCUGACCGUGGCUUCCAAGUCGGCUCCCGGAACCCGUAAACAAGCGGCUCACAAAAUCCUCACCAACAUGUGCGAGCAUUCAUCGACGCUCGUCAACCAGGUGCUGCUUAUCAGCGAAGAGCUCAUCCGUGUUGCCAUCCUAUGGCACGAACAGUGGCACGAAGGGCUAGAGGAAGCAUCUCGCCUGUACUUUGGUGACCACAAUGUGGCGGGAAUGUUGGCGAUCCUCGAACCCCUGCACGCAAUGCUCCAGCGGGGACCGCAGACUCUGAAGGAAUCGUCGUUCAAUCAGGCGUACGGGCGCGAUCUAACGGAGGCGCAGGAAUGGUGCAAACAUUACAAGAAUUCUCGAAACAUCCAUGAUUUGAAUCAAGCGUGGGAUCUGUACUACCACGUCUUCCGGCGCAUCUCCCGUCAACUGGUGCAACUGACCUCGCUCGAGCUGCAGUACGUCAGUCCGAAGCUGUUAGCGUGUCGCAACUUGGAGCUGGCCGUACCGGGCAGCUACACGCCGGGUCAGAAUCUGAUUUGUAUUGCGAGCAUCGAUCCGAACCUCUCGAUCAUAAGCUCUAAGCAGCGUCCCCGCAAGCUUACCAUUCGCGGUUCGAACGGUAAGAACUACAUGUUCCUGCUGAAGGGUCACGAGGACUUACGCCAGGACGAACGCGUCAUGCAGCUGUUCGGUUUGGUCAAUACACUGCUGCUGAACGAUCGAGAUACGUUUCGUCGUAAUCUCACCAUCCAGCGGUACGCCGUCAUUCCGCUCAGCACCAACUCGGGCCUGAUCGGUUGGGUGCCGAACUGCGACACACUGCACAAGUUGAUUCGAGAGUAUCGUGAUUCGAAGAAGACGAUGCUCAACAUCGAACACCGGAUAAUGCUGCGAAUGGCACCGGACUACGAUCAUCUCACGCUAAUGCAGAAAGUGGAAGUGUUUGAGCAUGCGCUCGAGCAGACGAAGGGCGACGAUCUGGCAAAGCUGCUGUGGCUCAAGAGCCCCUCGUCGGAGGUGUGGUUCGAUCGGCGCACCAACUACAUUCGCUCGCUAGCGGUGAUGUCGAUGGUUGGCUACAUUCUCGGCCUUGGCGAUCGCCACCCAUCGAAUCUGAUGUUGGAUCGGCUGAGUGGAAAAAUUCUGCACAUUGACUUUGGCGAUUGUUUCGAGGUUGCGAUGACGCGAGAAAAGUUCCCGGAGAAAAUUCCCUUCCGUCUAACGCGCAUGCUGAUCAACGCGAUGGAAGUGACGGGCAUUGAGGGAACGUACCGGCGCACGUGCGAAAGCGUCAUGCACGUGCUGAGACGUAACAAGGACAGUCUAAUGGCGGUACUGGAAGCGUUCGUGUACGACCCGCUGCUGAACUGGCGACUGGUCGAGGCGGAUCGCCUGCGCCGGUCGAAGAAUGCAGGGGACAUGGAAGGCGCAUCGGGAAGCAUGGAUGACGACUCGAUACUGAGCUAUAAUGCCCGACGCGACGCCCGGAUGAAUGAGCUGAAUGCAGGUAUGAUGAACAUGACCGUCGGUGGGAAUGGUGGUGGUGGGCAGGCGCAACAACAGGGUACCGCAAUCAAUGCUGCGGCCAGAGGAGCCGUAGCUACCGUUCCGGUCCCCAACCCGGAUGGUGUGCAGGCAACCACCAGUGGUGGUGCUGUCCCUGCGGUUGGCGGAGGAGACGUGCCGGAUGGAAAUACGGCAGCGCAGCAAAAUCCGGUAGAUGUGACGAACAAGAAAGCACGCGCGAUCGUUGACCGGGUGAAGGAUAAGUUGACUGGUAAAGACUUCGGCAAACCCGAACCAGUGGCCGUCAAUCGGCAGAUUGAUCUGCUCAUUCAGCAAGCUACAAGUAACGAAAACCUCUGCCAGUGCUACAUUGGCUGGUGUCCUUUCUGGUAACUGUAUCGGCAUGAGGUUCAGCUCGACUACCCAAGAUGGGUUUGUUAUACUAUUUUUGUUUUUCCUGAUAGAGUUCCUGCCUUGUCACUUUAUGUAAAUACUGCUCCAUCCGCUUGAAAAAUUACUUUUCCUUUAUUCUUUUUAAAUUAAUGUAAAUUGAACCAAAUACAAAACAAAGUUACUAUAUUAUGAAUACGUUUUUUCUGCAAGGUUCGGUUUGUUGCACUAAUUCCACACAAAAUAUAUGAUUCUAAUAUAGGAAAUAAAGUAAGCCAGCAACAUCGCUUCACAAA